AUGGACACCACUGAGGAUUUCAGCCCCUACCGAUCCGAUGGAAAACUUUAUGGCUUCGUCUGUGUCGUUACCGGAGCAGCUCAGCCCGUUGGACAAGCUAUCAUCCACGAGUUGGCAGCCCACGGUGCCGCGUCUAUAUUUGCUUGCGACAGAGUCAACACUACAACCGGUUCUUUUGACAAACUAGUCGAAGAUAUCGGCAAAGAAUUCCCCAACAGCAAGGUCAUACCAUACCCGUACAAUGUUGCUAGUCAGGAGGAGACUUUAGUCCUGAUCGACGAUGUCCUCAAUGCCUUUGGCAGGCUGGACGUCUGGGUAUCCUCUUCGGGGCUCCUUGGUCCGCCCUCGAUUGCUGCGACCACCCCGGAUGAUCUGCAAAAGUGCUUCGAGGCGCACUCAAUGGCGCCGUUCUUUGCUCUCAAAUACGCACCUGCGGCAAUGGCCAAGCUGACUGCGAAGGGGUCCUAUCCGAACGCUGCUCCGAAGACUCAGAAAUACGGUUCCAUUAUUGUCAUCAGCAGCGUUGCUUCAAUCCACGGAGGCUGCUGGGGGCCUUGCUACACUCUAGCCAGUCAUGCUGCUCUCGGUGUUGUCAAAGCUGGUGUUGCAACCUUGAAAGGUACUGGAGUUCGUAUCAACUGCAUUUCACCCGGACAGAUUGAUGUCGGCGUCAACCUCCAAGGAUUCGACAUGCAAGGCAUGACUUCGCAGUUCCCUCCAGCCAGUCUUCAAAAGUCCGAGAUGCAGAAAACGACAAUUGGGCUUGAGAGAGCAGGAACAGCACAAGAGGUCGCGCGAGUGGCUGGCUUCCUGGCGUCCGGUUUCUCAUCAUAUGUCACGGGAGCAAACAUGAUAGUAGAUGGUGGCGCAUCCGUUAUGAACCCAUUGACGAUUCCGAUUUAA